AAAAAAAGUUGUAUAAUUUUAUGUAAUUUUAGCGGUGGGGUAAAAGUCAACAUAUAGAAAUGUAAGUGUUGUCGAGGGCGUGUGUAAUUUGUCCUGAAGGUGUCCCACGCCCAAAAACUCAAAUAUAAGAAGGGUACAGGAAUCUUGUAGUAGUACUGAUUUACAGGAUCACUGAAGGGCUGUUGAGUUACUGUUGAGAAGUGGUGAACUGUUUAACUUUGUGAAAAUGUCUGGAAAGAUUGUGUUGUAUUACUUCAAUGGAAGAGGGAAAAUGGAGUCAAUCCGAUGGCUCUUGGCUGCAGCUGGAGCUGAGUUUGAGGAGGUGUUUAUAACCAAAAAGGAAGAUUAUGAUAAGCUGGUCAAUGACGGAUCCCUGAUGUUUCAGCAGGUACCUUUGGUUGAAAUGGAUGGAAUGCAGCUUGUGCAGACAAAAGCGAUCUUAAACUACAUUGCUGGAAAAUACAACCUCUAUGGAAAGGACCUCAAAGAGCGGGCAAUGAUUGACAUGUACGUUGAAGGAAUCACUGAGGUAGGAGAUACGAUUUUAUCGCUGCCUUUCUUACCACCUGACAACAAGAAGAAACAGCUGGAGAAAAUAGAGAGCAAAGCAAAAGAACGUUUGCUUACAUUGUUUGAAAAGAUUCUCGCGAACAGUCAGUUCCUUGUUGGAAACCAGUUAAGCCGUGCCGAUGUUCUUCUCCUUGAGGUCACUCUACUGCUGCAGGAAUCUUUCCCUACAAUACUUUCAUCCUAUCCCAAAAUACAGGAAUUCCAGGGCAGAAUAAAAGCCUUACCCACAAUCAACAAGUUCCUCCAGCCUGGCAGUGCAAGGAAGCCGCCACCUGAUGAGGUCUAUGUGAAAACCGUCAUGGAGGUGUUAGCCCACCUUUUUAAGUAGGAGGUUCAUAAAAAAUUCAUUUACAAUUCAUGGACCAAUAUGAGAUUGAAAAAUUAAUUCUGUUAAUCGUUAUUGAACUUUUUAUACAUUCUGCUCAGUGUUAAAUCUGUAUAUAUGUGCAGUUGAAAGUUGCAAUAGCUUUUACAGGUUGUAAUCUUUCAGUGUUUUAUUUUAUAUAAAUGCUAGGAAGAUUAAGUUACUUGUGUCCAUAAACGCACUAAAACAUUUUGUCAUACGUUAACAUUCCUCAUAUGUCUCAUCAACUAAUGCACCAGGACAAAUACAUCUGGAAUAUACAUGAAUACGUAUUGUUCACAAUGAUAAUACUGUAAAAUGCAACUACUGUUUAAACUGUUUAGACUGUUCAUAUUUUCAGAAUAGUCCAAAUGUGGUCCAUCCACUUGUAAAUCAGGAGCUGAAAAUAUUUAAAAGCCUUGUACACAAACCAUCAGCAUCAGUCAAAGACUACUAAAGCAUGCAACGAAUUACAGUGGUGCAUUGACAAACAAGUCAGCAUCUGCACUAGAAAUGUGAUGUUGAAAGUGAGUUUUUUAUGCAUGAAUUUUAUUUCAAUUUUUGUUUAAUUUGGGGUCAACCUAAUACAAAUUCCUGGUGUGUUUUUUGUGGUUUAUUGGUGCAUGUUAUACUAAAUUAAUACAAUAAAAAACUUUUAUCAAAGUG